AUGAAGGAAAUUACUAAGAAACUCGGAGCAAUGACGGAUGUAGUUCCUACAUUGUCAGUAUCUUUCCCCGAAAGGACAGAAACUGAACAACUAAAAAUUACAUAUGAUGAACUAAACGAGACCAAGGAAAAGUCAUGUGAUGAACCAAAUAGAUGUGAGAAAUGGACAACAGAUUCAAUAGAUGCAGAAAGUGCAUGGGAUGGAGGUUGUCAAGAAAUGGGUGGUUUGUUAGCAAGUAAAUCAGAAUGGAUUGUAAAUGAUGAAGAAGAGCUGCAGAUAGAAGCUGAGAAUUUUUUCAGACCUGAACGAUGUACCUACUUAAAUAAAGUAGUGAAGCGUUUGGAAACUUUUCUACCUGUUUGUUCUGGUAUUGACUGCGAUUCAUUAGCAGAUGCUGGUUUCUAUUAUACGGGGGAGAAUAUUAGAUGCUUUACCUGUGGUGUCGUAAUCAUUUUUGGGCCGUGUACUGAUGAUUACUGGGCAGAACAUGCUAAAACGAGCCCAGGUUGUUCUUAUGUCAGAACACAAAAAGGUGCAGCCUAUAUCCAUCACUUGCUAUCCACAGAG